AUGAAAAAUUCAUUCUCUUUACGCACAAAUAAUUCAAAUGCCGAAGUCAAGCUUCUACGAUCAAAAGAUGACCUAAUACACGAACUCGUGACUUCUGAAAUUAAAUACAUAAGUUACCUCAGGAAGGUUUUAAAGUACUUUGCAAGGCCCUUAAUUGACCGCAGAUACUUGCCAGAAGAUAUACACUCUGAAAUUUUCGGACGUCUCGUGCCCAUCUUAAGUGUCAAUGAAACUCUUCUUGAGUCUGUUUUAACUGUUGGAGUAGAGAAAGCAUUUCUGAAAAUUUCUCCAUGUCUGAAAUUAUAUGCAGAUUAUGCCAACCGCUACCAAACAAACGUUGUGUUUAUGGAGACUUGUAAUGCAUUCAUACCAGGACUAAUGGAGUUUAUAAAUAAACAAGAAAGCUUACCAGAUGUUAAUUUACAGCUUUCAGCACUCCUCAUAAUGCCCAUACAGCGCAUUCCUCGGUAUUCUUUAAUACUCCAAGAACUUGUUAUCAUUUGCCUUCAACUGGACGGUUUAAGUAAUCCAGAAGCAAAUAAAUGUGCCAUUAGUAUUAACGAAGCUGCUCGUCAACAUUUUAUGAUACCAGAAUAUGCAGCCACUCUUAUUUUAAAACUAUCGGAUAAUCAUCAUCAAGUGCAUUACUCUCCAGAAUCUCAUGAUUCAAGUUUUUCAGAUCUGAAACGUUAUAUUCAUAGAAUGUGUGCUUCCACAAUUAUUCUUAUUGCAGGUUUUGCUAGUGUGGUAGCGACAGCAACAUUUUUAAAUGAACAGAUUAGAAUCAGUGAGCAAGCUACUAAGGCCGCUUUAUUGCAAUCAAGACUUUUUGGCAAAUGGUCGCAAAACCUCAUUCUAGUACCUGGGCGUAAACUAUUGAAGUAUGGAUUGGUGAAAAAGGUGAAUUCUCUCGAUGGAGUUGCGGAAACUCGUUUACUAGUGAUUAUGUCUGAUAUACUGAUAUGUGCUAAACCGCGAACCCAGACGGAGUUGGAAUUCAUUUUCAGCAAGAAAAAGUGUGUUUAUAGUCGAAAAUAUCCUAAUCCUUUUACACAGUUUUACGGAAGAAAAAUGUCUUUAGGGUUUAUAAAACAUAUUCGAAAGUCGAAUGACACAAACUCAUUGAUUCACGUUCCUAAAUUUUCUAAAUCAGUCUCACAAAGUUCUAACUCUCAAACUUUUAACGAUUCAACUGACUUUUUAACAGAUAGUAAAGUUUGUUUUUCAUGUGUUGCUGUCUAUCCUCUUCAUCACUGUCAUGUUCAAAUUCAUUUUAAACCACAUAAUACGUUUCUGCAACCGAUUCCUGAGUCUCCUGAAUGUUGUCAAUCAAAUCAAAACAACUCAGUGUUUAUUUCACCAAUUUCUAUCGGAGGAUUUAGUCGUCACACUGCAUCAACACCAUUGGCGUUCGAUGAAUAUGCAUGUGGAUCAACAUCUGUUGUAAGACUGAAAUCCGAUUCAUUUAUUACCUUCAAUGAAGAUGACUACACAAUGAGACACCCUGAACCUUUGAAUGAAUACAGUUUCACUGUGCACUGUCGUGAUGCUAACUUUACUAUCGUGAAUGGUAAUUUAACUGAAGCUGAAGAUUGGAUAUCUAGUUUGGAGACAGCCAUUCAAGCUGUUAAAACAGCACGAAAAAGCCUUCGUAAGGAAAGCAGUGCGAAGUGGCCAAUGCGUGCUUCAGAUUUUAUUCAAUUUGAACAAUGGCUAGAACAGAAACGUAUAGUCGAAGAGUCAAUGAAAUCUUCUCGAAUCUUUCAAAGGAUGGGAAUGGAAGAGUUGACCAUUGAUAAUCCCCUUUCACCAGUAAAUUUUCUUGAGUCAUCUAGAAUGGAACAAAAACUUGAAGAAUAUCGUAGACAAAAUAACUUAGUUAAUGCCUCAGUACUUUAUCAUUCAAACGAUUCUGUUCGUUUGUUAUCCAUAACAAGCAUUGCUGAUAAGCCCACAUCAAAUUCCAUUCCGUUCAAUACAAGAAAUCAUUUGUACAGCAGUGAUCGUUGUUACCACUUGGGUGAUACUCAUCGUUGUUCAUUUCCAUCUCAAUUAGCCCAAUCGUUUAGCGGAUGUUUGUGCAUGUAA